AUGUCAUUUAAGUCGCGAGAAGAAUCGGAUUAUACGAGUCAUUAUUGUGAAGAGAAUGUUUACAAAUAUUUGGAAAAAGUUGAAGAUAUUCGCGGGUUUUACGUAGUGAUUAUUUCGAACAAAAACCGUCAAAUUCCGCUUUGGGGUCAGAAUAUUAAUGAAGACGAUCCUGACCUUCCUGUCAUGUGGGACUAUCAUGUUAUUCUAAUUCGAAAAGGGACUGACGGCGCACCAUCGUUGGUGUUCGAUUUUGAUUCGAAACUUGACUUUCCGGUUGAUUUUAAUACGUAUUAUGAGCAGACUAUGAAGUAUGCCGUGCAGAAUGUUUUUACCAGAUAUUUUCGCGUUUUUCCUGCGCUCACUUAUCUCUCGUGCUUCUCAUCGGAUCGCCGUCAUAUGCGCGAUGCGCGCGGCCAUUGGAUAAUGCCGCCGCCAGCAUGGGAACCGAUCGUUCAAAAGGACCUCGACAAUUUUCAUAGCGCCUGGAUUGAAAUGAAGAAGCCCAUAUAUGAUUCAGAAAUUUACGACGAGAUGGAAUUUUGCAAUUUUUUCAAACCGUAA